AUGGUGCGCGUCAAAUGGCUUAUUCCGCUCGUGGAGUUCAUUUCCCUCGUUCAGGCCGCUCAGGUCCAAUUCUCCUUGGACCUCACGUGGCAACGGGGUGCUCCGAAUGGCCUGGAGAGGGAUAUGAUCUUUGUUAAUGAUCAGUUUCCGGGACCCGCGUUGAUUAUUGACGAGGGCGAUGAAGUGACGAUCGAUGUUACAAAUCAUAUGCCGUUUAAUACUUCGAUUCAUUUCCAUGGGAUUGAGCAAAAGGGAACGCCCUGGUCUGACGGUGUCUCCGGGUUGUCGCAGUGGGCGAUCUUGCCUGGUGCCUCCUAUCGGUACAAAUGGGUAGCUAAUACCUAUGGCACAUACUGGUAUCAUUCCCAUGAUAGGUCUAGGAUCAUGGAUGGCUUGUAUGGGCCUAUUCAAAUUCGACCAUCUGCCGACCGUGACACGCCAUUUUCCAUGAUUUCUGAUGACCCCGACGACAUUGAGGCCAUGACUAAGGCUCAAGCAAACGCCGAGCUGGUCGUUCUCUCUGACUGGGACCACUUGACAUCCGACGCAUACAUGGAUGCCUUGAAAUAUUCCGGAUAUGACAUCUUUUGCUCGGACAGUGUUCUUGUCAACGGCCGAGGAUCUGUCUAUUGCAAAUCCUCAGAAGAAUUGACCGCUCUACAGCCGCCACAGAUCAGAGCAGUUAUCACCGAUCCACUGACCGACAAAGGAUGUGAUCCAUUCAUGCGCGUGGUUCAAGGCGACUGGGAACAUCACCCUGAACUCCUGCCCGGCGGUCUAAACUCGGGAUGCACACCCAGCGACGGCCUAAAGACCGGCUUCAUAGUCGAUCCUGAGGCGAAAUGGGCAAGUUUCAACUUCAUCAGCGCCGCUGGUCUCAAAGCCCUCGCCGUAUCAAUCGAUGAACAUCCGAUGUACGUCUAUGAAGUCGACGGUCGCUAUAUCGAGCCCCAGCUGGUUGAUGUAAUCCCCAUCUACAAUGGCGAGCGGUACUCCGUUAUGAUCAAGCUGGAUAAAGAGUACGCGAGCUAUACGAUGCGCGUUGCUGGCAAUGGCAACCAGGUUAUCUCUGGCUAUGCUAGUGUUACAUACCAGGGUGGUGAGGAUAAUGAGCGCCAGUCAACGCCAUACAUCGACUACGGCGGUGUCAAUACCACGGCUGAAGUGGUCUCGCUUGACACCCAGCACCUUCCACCGUAUCCUCCCAUUCUACCAGCCGCGAAGGCGGAUGAUUUCCAUCUCUUGACACUUGGACGCAUCAAUUCGUCUUGGGAAUGGACUUUGGAUGGAACUACCUUCCUUCCAGCCGACCUCGCUGCAAUGGAACCCGUUCUCUACAAUCGGGAGGCACCGGGCUUGGACUCCUCUCUCAAGAUCGAGACGAAGAAUGAUACGUGGGUGGAUAUCGUCUUCCAGCUUGCCAUUCCAGAGCCGACGAAGCUCCAGCCGCCUCACCCUAUCCACAAGCAUUCCAACAAGGCUUUCUUGAUCGGAUCCGGAAUGGGAACCUUCACCUGGAGCUCUGUUGAAGAAGCUUUGAGUGAGUCAACAGAUAACUUCUUGGAAACUCCUAUCUAUCGUGAUACAUUCGUUACUGCGCCGAACGGCGUCGCCUGGCUUGCAAUUCGAUACCACGUCGAGAAUCCUGGGGCCUUCCUCUUGCACUGCCACAUGGAAACACAUCUCCAUACGGGAAUGGGCAUGGUUUUGCUCGAUGGCGUUGAUGCCUGGCCCGAGGUCCCGCAUUGGUCUUAG